AUGGCGUCCCCAUCGCCUGCAGCCUCCACGCUGGUGCUGACCAACCGGUCGCUAUUCCGCCUCAUCAUGAGCUUCAUCGACGGCGUCCCGGGCCACGUCAUGUCACUAGUCACCGAAUUCCAGCGCGGCCAUCGUGGCGUCCCGUGGUCCGCGACUGGCGCUCUCCCACGCGCCGCCAUUCAGUGUGGAGACAUCGAAACGCUGCGUCACUUGCGCAGACUGUCGACUACCAAAACAUUUCAGUCGCGACCGGAGCUGGCAUUUGAUGGGGCUAUGCGCUGCGCCAUUCAGUUCGGCCAGUUGGAGAUCGUCAAGUACCUGGCAGACACAGAAAUGUUGCUGAGCGAUAGUAGUGUAGAGCAUUUAACAAGUAGAACAGAAGGUAGUACGCUGAUGGGGUGGGCGGUACGCUACUCGGAGGUACUUAAAUCGGAUAAAAAGCUGGAAAUUGUCCAGUGGGUGGCCGAUAACUAUCCGAGAUCGACAUUGAGAGACGUCAAGGCCGAAGAUUUGAGUCGCGCUGGGGUUCCAGUGUUAAGGUUUCUGAAGGAGAGAGGCCUGGCCACAAGCGGAUUUGAAGACCCGAGACUCGUGGAUUUAGUGGCGACCAUGGGCAAGAUGGAGACGUUGAGGUUCUUAUUGGAAGAAGACAGGCGACUGCAGAGAUGCACGGCCGAUGCGAUGGAUGGAGCAGCGGCAAAUGGCCAUUUGGAGAUCGUACAGUAUCUGCAUGAGCGGAGAACGGAGGGAUGCACAGUUGCAGCUAUGGAUGGCGCGGCGAGGAAUGGAUUUAUGGAGGUGGUACAGUUCUUGCAUACACAACGAACGGAAGGAUGUACCGUUGCAGCUUUGGAUGGAGCUGCACGCAAUGGACAUUUGGAUAUGGUCAAGUUCCUACAUGACAAUCGAACCGAAGGCUGUUCGACUGCUGCGAUGGAUGACGCUGCUGCUGGAGGAUUUUUAGAGAUCAUACAUUUCUUACAUGAACACCGUAAUGAAGGGUGCACGACGAAGGCCAUGAAUGGAGCAGCUCGAAGUGGGCAUUUGGAGGUGGUGCAGUUCUUACAUGACGAUCGAACUGAGGGCUGCACGACGGACGCAAUGGACGGCGCAGCGCUUUUGGGAUGUUUGUCUGUUAUCAGAUUUUUACACUACAAUCGAAAGGAAGGAUGUACCACUAGAGCCAUCGAUGGUGCAGCGUGGAGAGGACAUGUCGAAGUUGUCGAGUUUCUCGUGAAAAAUCGAUCAGAAGGCUGCACUUCCAAGGCGAUGGAUACAGCCUGUCAAAAUGGCUACAAAAAGAUCGUGCGCUUUCUUCAUGAGCAGGGAAGAACUCCGUGCACAACCGCAGCUAUGGACAGUGCUGCAAGUGGCGGCCAUUUAGAAAUUGUGCAGUAUUUACAAGAAAAUCGUGUGGAAGGAUACACGAAGGUCCACAUGACUACGCUCUCGAACGUGCUGCAGCGCAAGGCCACGUUGAUUGUGUGGAUGCGUUAA